GCAGGCGGCGGUGGUGGCGCCGCGGCGUUUGGUCUCGACGGGGGGGUUCGAUUAUAGCCGCGGAUUGCCGGUCCCAGACCCGCUCUUGGUACUGGUUUUACCGUUAUUACAUCGCUAAGUCAGUGAGGGAUGAGCGUAGUUGGCGCAAAGUCGGGCUUUAAGUCACUUUAGGUCGAGCGGAUCGAAGGAGCGGGUAGGCCGCGGGGGGUCGGAGAGAAGCCUCGAACUCGCCUGAGAGGGUUCCCGGGCGCAGUGGCUGGCUGAGACCAAGAGGCCGGUGUCCUGCAGGGAGUACGGUUCAACAGAGAAGAAGAUGGACUCAUGCUAACACCUUCAAGUAGAGUAUUUCUCAAGCACUUUGUGCAUGCAGAUCCCAAAUAUUUCUGUGCAGUAUGUGAAGAUGGAGGUGAUGCUGAUCCAUUUAUAACUGAUGGAUUGAGUGUUGGUUGGCCUGCAGGAUCACGUUGACUGGAUAUCUGAAGAAAACCAACCAUAUUGCUGACUAUUCAAAGAUAAAAGGUGAAGAACGUUCCAGAAGAUUAGCAUCUUAUCGUCGCGCCGGGCAGAUUAUCUUGCAUUGCAACUGAACAGAUAGGAGUGUCAACAAAGUAACAGUGAAAUCUUUGGUUUGUUUGGAAGGAGCUGUUAUAAUCCAGCCAUGACUCAUCAAGGAGAUGAUUGCUACUUUUACUUCUAUUCUACAUGUGCCAAGGGUGACAACUGUCUUUUUCGGCACUGUGAAGCAGCCCUUGGCAGUGAGACCAUUUGUACCUUAUGGCAGGAAGGGCGUUGUUUUCGCCAGGUCUGCAAAUUUCGUCACAUGGAGAUUGAUAAACGGCGGAGUGAGAUUCCAUGCUACUGGGAGAAGCAGCCCACAGGGUGUACGAAGUUGAAUUGUGCUUUCCGCCACAGCAUGCCUCGCUUCGUUGAAGGAGUGUUCUUCCCUGCUACGAAAGGUGUCCAAACCAAGCAGGAGGUAUCUGAGGCAGCUGAUGAGCCCAUAUUACCACAGUUACCUGUAAACCAGCUGCAACAGCCCAAGAUUCCAAUUCAAUCUAAUCCAUCCCCUCAAGUUCGGGGGGUAAUGAAACUAGAGGCAUCAGAAAAUGUUCCAAGCCCCACACACCCUCCAGUGGUUAUCAACGCUGCAGAUGACGAUGAAGAUGAUGACGAUCAGUUUUCUGAAGGAGAAGAAAAUAAAAACACUCAGCCUCCUACUGCAGAAGAACAGAACGGCAUCCGCGUUACUUCUGCCAAGAGACAGGCUGUCCCUGUUAAAAAAGAUUGCACUUUGGAUUUUGGUAUAAAAACCUUGGAGCAGAUUAGACAGAAGAAAUUCAUGAAGGAGAAAGUGAAGAAAAUGGAUGAGCUUUCAACAGAUCUGGCAACACAGACUCAAAAGGUGGAGCCGAAUCGUGAAAACCUAGUCAUUGAAAAGGAAAAUGUCAGAACGGUUUUCCGAAAAGUAACUGUAUCUCCAAAGAAAUUAGCCAUUAACGAAGGUGAAUUGCCUUUUAAACGCAGUCUUGCCGAAAGACUUGGCAAAAAGAAAGUGAUGCCAAAGGAAACCCCUGAAGAGUUGCCAGUCAAAGCUGAGAUUGAAACAACUUUAAAGCGCAACCUCUCUGAGAGACUUGGCAAAAGGAAGAUACUGGCUGAGGAUGGCUCUGAAGAAGUGGCACAGAAAGUUCAAAAUCCCAGGUCCAUAAGAGAGAGGCUUGGUCUGCCUGCAGAUAUUUCCGCAGCAGAAAAUGAAAAACCUGUUACUAAAAUGGAAGGCUCUGGAGAAAUAAGAGUGAAAACCUUGGAUGAGAUUCGCAGGGAAAAGGCUGCAAAGAGGGACCUUGUUGAUGGCAAUGGAGACUUUAUAGUUGGUGUUGCAGGUCUUAAUAAAUCUACCCAGGCCUCUAGUUUCCUGGAGGAAGCCUCUCAAAUUAUUAGGACAGUACAAGUAAAAUCAGCCUCGGACUCUCUACUGAAGAAGCAGGGGCAGCUUCCAGAGGAAACUGGAAAGAACAAUCCAUCCAAAAAGCACCCUGAAGCCACUCCAAGAAAGGAACAAAAUCCUGGACUCGGAAAAGGCAAGGGAAAAGGUCAGAAGGUAGCCCCUGAUGAAGUUGUAACUAAGCCAAAGCCGCUGGAACAAGUAAGAAUUAAAACUCUUGAAGAGAUACGACGUGAGAAGGCACUGCGAAGACAUGGGAACCAAGAGAGUCUCGCAACACAUCAGGAGAGUGAGAAGCCAAAGAAUGAGACUCCACCUACCCGCAAGAGACUGCUGCGAAUCACCAAACCUAUAGAGGCUGUCCAGCCAGAAAAGGCUGAUGUUGAACCGAUGGACGUCCAAUCAGUGGAUGCUGCCGCUGCCCAAGGAGACACAAGGGAACGUAAUAAGUCUGCAAAUGGAAAAGAAAGCCCAAGGUUGCCGAAGGUACAAGUUAAAAGUUUUGAGGAAAUACUGAAGGAAAAACGCCUUCGGCAGCUGCAGGAAAUUGAGAAACCGCCAAAUCAAACUUUGCCAGGAGAAGAAGCAGCCGCAACUAAAAUGGGCUGUGACAUCCAGGCUGGUGACCAGAAUAGUCAGUCUGCCGCUUCAGAACAGAGAACAAACAAUCGACUUGGAACUGAACAACCAAUUAUGACAGAUGGGAAGCUGACUACUGCCAGACCUGAAGUGGCAGAACCACCACGUGCUCUGAAAGUGAAACCCAAAUUAAAUGUGAAACCAUCAUUUGUGAAGAAUUCCUGUCCUGUGAGACUCAACCCAAAACGCAAAUCGCCUGACAGCCAUCCCUCCAGUAUUAUGGCAGUUAAACCACUGAAUACUGGAGCUACUGAUCUGACAAGGCAGCCUCCAGCAGGGACGACUAUUGCACCCACAGCAUUGCCAGAACAGGCAGAAGAGGUAACCUCCCUGACUUCGCAGGUGCCAGAAAAAUCCAAAGAAAGGAACAUUGAUCUUGCUGGACAGGGGAAGUCGACAAGCAUCUCACAGUCGGAGAUAAAAAGUUUUUCACCUCCCCAAGUGCCUGCUAAAGCUCGGAGGUUGAGCUCUACUGCAUCUAAGUCUGCCACAGCUGAGGAUGAUUUUGAAGAGCUGAUGAAAGAAUUCUCAGAUGAUAAACUUGAAGCAGAAAUUGAUCUGGACCCUGGAAAGGAUGAGGAUGAUUUGUUACUUGAACUAUCUGAGAUGAUUGACAGUUGAAAAACUUAAACAUUGUUUGGACCCACUCAAACAGAUUCAAACUCUGCCUCUGGAAUAAACAAGGACAUUAACAGUGGAACUACCAUUUUGUAUGCAAAGGGGCUGUGUAAUUUAUAAAGCUGUAUACAAAGUUAUGACUACAUACCGUGUACAGAUAGAAACCAGAUCUGUUUUAAGCACAUGCUGGUUUUAUGACCAAUGUAAUUCAUUUAUUAAUUACGAACUUAUGACACCCCCACCCUCACCCCCCCCAAAAAAAUGCAUCCGGUCUUACACCGUUUGAAGAAAACCCAGUGAUGAAGCUUAUUAGCAGCUGGAAAUAUUUUUCAGUCAGCAUUGCUUGAAAGAGCCUUGCCCGUAUCUUGACAGUUCAGCACUAAUAGUUGUGUGUGUUCUUUCUUUUGUAAUGAUAAUCCCCCGUGGGCUUGGCACCUUGGCCUUUCCUAACCUCAUCUGACUUCAGAAAUGAGGACACUUGAGGCUAAUUCACUGGGUAUUUCAUUUAUAUGUAGAGCUAUACAUAAUCUAAAGCAAAGUGAAAGUAUUUGGUGCAGCCUGGUUUAUAUUUUUUUUAAAUAAAAACUUUUAGAUUGUA